AUGCGCGAAGAUUUGUAUGCUGCCAUUAAGGCCAUCCCAGACGUCGAGCUGUGCAAUGCAACGGAUAAGCGUUUAGUUUCCCAUAUGCUUCGACGCUUUCGCCGCUCCGGGCUUGACCUUUCCGAAAAAAGCGAUAGGGAUCUGCUCAAGGAAUGGAAAAAGCGAAUUGCUGCCAUGUCGAUUGAGUUUUCCGCCACUAUUGGAGAAGAUACGACCUCGUUGACCUUCACUCGAGCGCAACUAGAUGGUCUUAGCGACAAUCAGCUUUCUGCUUUUGAAAAGCAUGGAGAGCUCUUUGUGGUUACCAUGAAAUACCCAGACUACAAUGCCGUGCUAAAAUACUGCAAGGUGGAAGAUACUCGGAAGGCAAUGAAUUUGGCUUAUUCAAGUCGCUGUAUUGAAAAUGGGGAGCGCAUCGUGGAGACCUUGAAACUGAGACACAAGUGUGCCACUCUGUUGAAGUACCCAGAUCACGCUUCGUUUCAAUUGGAAGAAAAAAUGGCCAAAAGCCCCGCUGAAGUGAUGUCUUUUUUGGAAAAGAUUUCGAAGCGCCUUACCCCACUGAUUGAGCAGGAGCGCCUGUUGCUUCUCAAAGAAAAAGAGGCCGAAAAAGGGCCCUCGCCCGAUCUAACCCUGGAGGCUCAUGACUUUGCAUAUUACAACCGCAUCCAGGCCGAGAAAAUUGGCAUCAAUGAGGAAGAAAUUUCAAAGCAUUUUCCGCUCACCAAAGUUCUUUUGAAGAUGCUUGAAAUCUACGAGCGCGUGCUGUGUUUUCGCUUCAAAGAGAUUCCAGCAGACCAUCUAUCUUGGCAUCCUGAUGUUCGUCUGUAUCAGGUCGGGGUUUCCUAA